AUGAAACUCCCUCCAGCAGCCAUUGUGAAAUCAUGGCCAACCCCAAACUAUAUCGACCCUCCCACGCGCGGGCACGGCGUCCUCAUCGUGAAUGUUGUCUGUCUCUCCUUAGCCUUCCUAGUCGUCUCCCUCCGUCUAUACACCAGGCUCAGGAUCACAUGCAGCGCCGGUGUCGAUGAUGUCCUAAUUGUCAUCGGUCUGAUCUUCGCCAUCGCAAUGGCCACAGUCACCUCAAUCGCCACUGAACAUUGGGGCAUGAACCGCCAUGUCUGGGAUAUUGAAUUGCUUCGACUCGUCACUGUCCAAAAGCUGAACCUCUGCUUCCAAAUAAUGUUCUCGCUGUCGUGUUGCUUCACCAAGAUAUCUCUGCUGUGGUUCUGUCGACGACUCAUCGGGAAGGGCAACUUCGUGCUAUAUAACUGGGCGUUUAUUCUGUCGAUGGUUUUUGUUGGCCUUUCUAGUUUUCUGUUCACUAUUAUCAGUAUCUUUCAGUGCUCGCCUAUCCGUGCAUACUGGCAAAUUAACCCCACCGAGUCAUACCACUGCAUGAACGAUGGUGCAAUUGUUUUCUCCGCCAGUGUGAUCAACAUCUUCACCGAUUUCCUGGUCACGACGUUACCAAUGCCAUUGAUAUGGAGUCUGAAACUGCCCGCUCGUCAACGGCUCGCCGUUAUCUCCAUCUUCGCCCUCGGUGUAGUAGUUAACGUAGCCGGCUCUGUACGAACUGUGUAUGUAUGGAAGAGCAUGGUGACCGGCUAUGAUGCGACCUGGCUCGGAUGGCCGGUACUGAUCGCUGCGGCAGUGGAAAUCAGCCUGGGAUUGAUCUGCUCUUCGGCCCCAGCGCUCCGCCCCCUCAUUGCAGCCUUCCUGCCUCGCCUCCUCAGCUCAACCCGCAACCUCUCCUCCUCCUACAACCAACGGACUCGCUCCCACAAGCUCUGGUAUUCAACCGGCCGCUCCCGGACAUCCCGUCUUGUUGCCGACGAUCCGCACCAGCCCAGUUACAACAGCGAUCGAUUUGAAAUUAUGCGCACUGUCGAGAUGGAAAGCUGGACUGAGUCACGACUCGCGAACCAUGACAAGAUGGGCCACGGUUAUGAUAUCACGUCCGACACCCAUAGCCGUCCUGUCACCCCCGCGGAUAGCAUUGAGACGAAGAGGAGCAUGGUUUAUGCCUCUCCGAGGAGUGCUGACUCCUGUGCGUCUGGGCAUUCUCCUUCCGAUGAUCGGCGGCUGCGUUAA